AUGUGGAGGUUAACGUGUGUCGGUUUGGCCCUGCUCUUAUGUGUUCAAGGUUCACUUUCUCAGUUGAAUGUUUGUGGACAGGCCCCUCUGAACACCCGUAUUGUGGGCGGUGUGGAUGCAUUUGAGGGUUCAUGGCCAUGGCAGGUCAGUCUGCACAGCUCCAACUUCGGAGGUCAUUUUUGCGGUGGCUCCCUAAUCAACAGUGAAUGGGUGCUGACUGCAGCUCACUGUUUACCUGGUGUCAGCGCAUCCGAUCUGCUUGUGUACCUGGGAAAGAAAACACAGCAAGGAGACAAUACCUAUGAAAUCAGUAGAAAUGUCAUCUCCAUCAUCGUCCACCCCUCCUACAACAGUCAAACCAGCGACAAUGACAUCGCUCUGCUCCGUCUCUCCUCCGCAGUCACUUUUAAUGACUAUAUUAAACCCGUGUGUCUGGCGGCGCAGAACAGUGCCUUCCCUUCUGGCACCAGCAGCUGGAUCACAGGCUGGGGAUCUGUUCAGUCUGGAGUGAGUUUACCUGCUCCUGGGAUCCUGCAGGAGACUAUGGUUCCAGUGGUGGCUAAUGAUCGAUGUAAUACUCUUCUGGGUUCUGGAUCUGUUACCAGCAACAUGAUGUGUGCUGGUUUAAUGGAGGGAGGCAAAGACACCUGCCAGGGAGACUCUGGUGGUCCAAUGGUGAGCAAGCAGUGUUUGGUGUGGGUUCAGUCUGGUAUCACCAGCUGGGGUUAUGGCUGUGCCGAUCCCAACGCACCUGGUGUUUACACCCGCGUGUCACAGUAUCAGAGCUGGAUCACCAGUAACAUUGGCCAGAACCUUCCAAGAUUCGUCAUUUGCAACCCUUCAAGCACAUGCCAGUCUGUUUCUACGGCCUCACCUGCUUCUUCAUCGCCUAUUUCUGCUGCCACAACUGCUUCUACUGCAUUGCCUGUUUCUACGACCUCACAAGUUUCUGCUACCUCAAGAACAACUACUACUUUUAGACCUCCACCCAAUCAGUCCUCAAUUUCUUGUCGUAGAAGAUGUGGUGAGAGAUUUGACAUCCGCAACCGCUGCAACUGCAAUCCUGGCUGCCGCAGAAACUGCUGUAGGGAUUAUGAAAGGCAAUGCCAAUUUGAAGAGGAUGACAAAAAAGGAGGAGGAGAAUUAAGAGAAAAGAAGUGGGCAGGUUCACUUUCUCAGUUGAAUGUUUGUGGACAGGCUCCUCUAAACACUCGUAUUGUUGGUGGUGUGAACGCACCUGAGGGUUCAUGGCCGUGGCAGGUCAGUCUGCACACUUCUGGACGUCAUUUGUGCGGAGGCUCCCUCAUCAACAAUGAAUGGGUGCUGACAGCAGCUCACUGCUUACCUGGUGUCAGUGCAUCCAGUCUGCGUGUGUAUUUGGGAAGGAGGACACAGGAGGGAGUCAACACCCAUGAAAUCAGUAGAAAUGUGAGAACCAUAAUCGUUCAUCCCUCUUAUGACAGCAACACAAACAACAAUGACAUCGCUCUGCUCCGGCUGUCCUCCACAGUCACCUUUAAUAACUAUAUUAGACCCGUGUGUCUGGCGGCACAGAGCAGCGUCUUCAUUUCUGGCACCAACAGCUGGAUCACAGGCUGGGGAGAUGUUCAAGCUGGAGAGAGUUUACCUGCUCCUGGGAUCCUGCAGGAGACUAUGGUUCCAGUGGUGGCUAAUGAUCGAUGUAAUACUCUUCUGGGUUCUGGAUCUGUUACCAGCAACAUGAUGUGUGCUGGUUUGACACAGGGAGGCAAAGACACCUGCCAGGGGGAUUCUGGAGGUCCAAUGGUGAGCAGGCAGUGCACAGUGUGGGUUCAAUCUGGCAUCACCAGCUGGGGUUAUGGCUGUGCUGAUCCCAACUCUCCUGGUGUUUACACCCGCGUGUCUCGAUAUCAGAGUUGGAUCACCAACAGAAUUGGUCAGAACCUGCCAGGAUUUGUCGCCUUCAACCCCCCGACCUCAUGCUCCUCUGCCAGCCUAACCUCAACCUCCUGUAGGGGGAGAUGCAAUGAGAAGUACAACAGUCGCUUUCGCUGCAACUGCAAUACUAACUGCAGUAUAAACUGCUGCAGAGAUUACAGACAGCGUUGUGCCAUGAACCAGAUUACCAUCAGCAUCCAUUCUGCUAGCAAACAGAGGGACUGUGUGAAGAUGUGGAGAUUAACGUGUGUCACUUUGACCCUGCUCAUGUGUGCCAAAGGUUCACUUUCUCAGCUGAAUGUUUGUGGACAGGCUCCUCUAAACACUCGUAUUGUUGGUGGCGUGAACGCACCUGAUGGGUCGUGGCCGUGGCAGGUCAGUCUGCACAGCACUCUCUAUGGAGGUCAUUUUUGCGGAGGCUCCCUCAUCAACAAUGAAUGGGUGCUGACAGCAGCUCAUUGUUUACCUGAUGUCAGUGCAUCCAGUCUGCGUGUGUAUUUGGGAAGGAGGACACAGGAGGGAGUCAAUACCCAUGAAAUCAGUAGAAAUGUGAGAACCAUAGUCGUUCAUCCCUCUUAUGACAGCAACACAAACAACAAUGACAUCGCUCUGCUCCGGCUGUCCUCCACAGUCACCUUUAAUAACUAUAUUAGACCCGUGUGUCUGGCGGCACAGAGCAGCGUCUUCAUUUCUGGCACCAGCAGCUGGAUCACAGGCUGGGGAGAUGUUCAAGCUGGAGAGAGUUUACCUUCUCCUGGGAUCCUGCAGGAGACUAUGGUUCCAGUGGUGGCUAAUGAUCGAUGUAAUACUCUUCUGGGUUCUGGAUCUGUUACCAGCAACAUGAUGUGUGCUGGUUUGACACAGGGAGGCAAAGACACCUGCCAGGGGGAUUCUGGAGGUCCAAUGGUGAGCAGGCAGUGCACAGUGUGGGUUCAGUCUGGCAUCACCAGCUGGGGUUAUGGCUGUGCUGAUCCCAACGCACCUGGUGUUUACACCCGCGUGUCUCGAUAUCAGAGUUGGAUCACCAACAGAAUUGGUCAGAACCUGCCAGGAUUUGUCGCCUUCAACCCCCCGACCUCAUGCUCCUCUGCCAGCCUAAGUAAAAAUCUCUCUCAAACACCUACACAGCGUAUACCCACGUAA